AUGAAAUUCCUUCACUAUUCCUUAUGUUUUCUAUUACUUAUUAUGUAAAUCUAAUCAAAUGAUGAGAAUAACAUUAAGUGUGAAGAAUAUUUUAAAAAUAUUGUCGAUGCUAUUUCAAUUGGGGAAAUGCCAAAGAAUGUAUCACCAUAAACUUUACUCAGCUCUGGAAAAGGCCUUUAAGAUUUAGGUUCCUAUUUAGUUUGUAGAGACUCUGUUGACCUACAUUACAUUCACUUAAGAAUGAUAAGUGGAGGAAGACCUCUACAUAUGGGAUUUUGUUUACCUUAAUUUUGUGAUAUGGAUUAUCUCUAAACAUUCAAUGAAACAACCAAAAAAUUCAUUAAUAAUUUAACUGUACAUAUCCAUAGUUUCCUUAGAAUCUCCAAUUCAAUAGGUCAAUGAUUGAAAGUGUUUCUUACUAGGAUCCAGAACUAAUGUAUCCAGAAUGGAGUGUUGGAACCUAUUUGACUCUUUUUUUAUUGAUUGUUGUAGUUGGCCUCAAUGUUAUUGGAAGCAUUUUCUCCAUUAUUGCAGAAAACAAAAAGAAAGCAUAUUAGGAUGACUUAUAAAUAGAGAUUAAGAAUAAAGCCGUAUAGAAAAUAAAUGAUUCUAAAAUUGAAGAAACAUCUUUUUAAUCAGAAUCUAUAAAUCAACUUUAUAGGAGAUCAGAAUUAAUUUGUAAAUAAAUUAUUCAUUUUUAAAUUAGAAAAUGAAAUCAUGGAAAAUUAGGAAUCUGCUUUUAUGAGUGGCUAAGGAUAAUUUUAGGAAAUUAAAUAUGAGAAAUAUAAAGAAGCAACAUGGGAAAGAUUUGCAUUAAGCUUUUCUUUUAUUCACAAUUAUCAAAAACUAUUUAAAAUUAAUGAACCAAAAGGUGAUAAUGCAGGUUUUGUGGUUUUUAAUGGAAUAAGAUCAUUAUCAAUAUUUUGGGUUAUUUUUGGUCAUGAUUAAUUAAUUAGAGGAUCAAAUUCAUUUAAUCUAAUAGAUAUCCCUUAUAAAAUCACAGAACCUGGAUGGGUGACAUUAACACCUGCAGCAUAUUUUGCAGUUGAUACAUUCUUUUUUGUAGGAGGUUUCUUGGCUGCUGUUUUAUUAUUGGAAAAGUUAACUAAAUUAAGAACAAUCAAAUUUACAUUGGUACCAGCAAUGUGGUUACAUAGAUUUUUAAGAAUAUGGCCAACAUAUGCAUUUUGUAUUUUAGUAUAUUGGCAAUUGACUGUUUAUAUGUCAGAUGGACCUAUCUGGAAUGAAUAUAUAACAUCUACAUCUACUUGUAAUACUUAAUGGUGGAAGAAUCUAUUAUUUAUUGAUAACAUGUUUUCACAUGCUAAUAAUGGAUUAAGUUAUUGUUUUGGAUGGGGUUGGUAUUUAUCAAAUGAUUUUUAAAUAUUUCUUAUUACUCCAAUACUAUUGAUUAUUUAUGCCAGGAAUAAAAAAAUCGGAUUAACAAUAAUUAUUUCAUUACUAAUUGGAAGUGUAUUCUCAGCCUAUUAUAUAGCUUUUUCUCAUGAUUAUCAUUUAUAAAUAGGUACUCCUAAUGCAAAACCACAACCAGAUUAUCAAGAUGUAUUUUAUUAUAAACCUUGGGUCAGGAUUUCUCCUUACUUAAUUGGUAUCCUCUUUGGAUUAUUCUAUCGAAAUUAUAUUAGUGGUUAAAAUUAAAAAUUAGUAGAUUUGGCUAAGAAAAUCAAAGAUAGUGUAUUAAUUAGAACUUUACUUUAUGUAAUUGGAAUUGGAUUAACUCAAACAAUAAUAUGGAUUAUUAUACCACUCUAAAAGGAUAUGAAUGCUUGGCCACCAUAAGCCUAAUAUUUUUACUAAGCUUUCAAUAGAGUAUUUUUUGUUAUAGGUGUUGGAUUUUGUAUAACUCCUGCUUUAUUAGGAUGCAAGAAUGAUCCAUCAAGAUUUAUGUAUAAAUAAUAAUUAAAUCUUAGACUUGGACAUCCCUUCUGGUAACCUAUAGCCAGAAUAUCAUUUUGUAUGUAUUUAACACAUUUCAUUGUUAUUUUAUUUAUGACCUUCAGUUCAACUCAAUUAGUUUAUUAUCAAUACUCACACAUUCUUUUUUUCACACUUACUGAUAUUGUAUAUACAAUAGUAAUAGGAGGUAUUUUAAGUUUAGCCAUUGAAGUAAUAUACAUUUUAUAUAAUUAAGGUACCUUGUAUGAAUCUUGAGAAGAUUCUAUUUGCUCCAAAAAAACAAUAAGCUAUUAAAUUGAAUGGAAAUUAAGUACAAGACUAAAUUGAUUUAUGA